AUGUCUGGAAGAGGAAAGGGCAGUGGGAAAGGUCGCGCCAAGGCGAAGUCUCGGUCGUCCCGGGCUGGCCUGCAGUUCCCGGUGGGCCGUGUUCACAGGCUCCUGAGAAAGGGCAACUAUGCUGAGCGUGUGGGUGCCGGAGCGCCGGUCUAUCUGGCUGCGGUGCUGGAGUAUCUGACGGCUGAAAUCCUGGAGCUGGCCGGCAACGCGGCACGGGACAACAAGAAGACCCGCAUCAUCCCCAGGCACCUGCAGCUGGCCGUGCGCAACGACGAGGAGCUCAACAAGCUGCUGGGAGGGGUGACCAUCGCUCAGGGCGGGGUGCUGCCUAAUAUCCAGGCCGUGCUGCUACCCAAGAAAACUUCCGCUGCUGGAUCCGCUAAAAAGUGAAG